ACGUGCGCCCUGGACCUCCACCAGGCGCCCCGUCGACCUGUAACAGUCCCCGUCUCCGUCAGCCCUCGACCGCCCAGCCGGAAGCAUGAGCAGGAACUCCUCCGCCAGCAUGUACGCCGGUUACCCGUCCGGGGGGCGCAGGACGCCCGCGUCCAGCCCCGGCGGCCUGCGCAGCCUGCUGGCCAAUGACACGCACACGGACUCCGCGCCCGUCGCCGCCGCCGCCGCCGCCGCUCCCGUGACUCGGGCCGAGGCCCCCGCUCCUCCCGUGGCUCCCGAAGACGACAAGGAGAAAAUGCGGGGUCUGAACAAUCGGCUGACCAGCUACCUGGACAUGGUGAAGACCCUGCAGCAGACCAACGACGGUCUGAGGAAACAGAUCGAUGAGAUCCUGGCGAAGAGACAAGCUCCGAAUGGGAGAGACUGGGAUGAGGUCCAGAAACCCUUUGACGAUCUCAGGAAGCAGAUCAAGGAAAUUACCAUGGACAAUGCCAACCUGUUGAUGGACGCCAACAAUGCCAAACUGGCCAAUGAGGACUUAAAGAACAAGCUUGAUGCGGAGAUAGUUGCACAGAAGACAUUUGAAAAAGAGCUGGAUGAUGUGAAGAAGGUCCUGGAGGAAGUCAAGCAGCAGAAGGAGAGCAUAAAGAAGGAGACCGAGAUGGUGAAAGAUGAGAUUGACCGCAUUAAGCAGGAGCACAAGGAUAUGGUGGACGACCUGUGUGAGAAGAUCAGGACCUCCAAGGUGACGGUGGAGAUCGAGCCAGACAAAAACAACCUGACUUCAGUUAUCGACAAUAUGCGCAACCAGUAUGAGAAAAUAGCUCAAAAGAAUCUGAAGGAAACAGAGGACUGGUACAAGGACAAGUUUGAAAACAUCAAGGUGGUGGAGGCCGAGAACUCAGCGGCACUGGAGUCUGGGAACGCAGACCUCAAGGAUAAGCAGAAACAGAAACAACAACUGGAAAUACAAAUCCAGAGUGUGAUGACCAAGAUCCAAACCCUGGAGGCACUUUUGGAGAACACCAAAAUACAGUGCAGCAAACGCCUGAGCGUCUACGACAAAGAGGUGCAGAACACUGAGUCCGAAAUAAAGAAAGUGAGGUCGCAGAUGGAGCGCCAGAAAGAGGACAUCAUGAACCUGAUGUCUGAAAAACUGAAGCUGGAGGAGGAAAUCCGGAAAUACAAUGAUUUGAUGAACAUGUGCAGCGACGAGAGCUUGGAGCUUUCUUUAGCAGAUGCACUGAACAGCGAAAAGUCGAGGCCUGAAAACGUGGUGAAACAACCAGAAAAAUAAACGCCCCCUCGAACAAGAAAACACGCCUAUCUGAAACACCCACCCCCUUAAAGCCUGCUUAAACUCCCCAAUGCAAAAACCCCAUAAUCAGUGGAGGGAGACCCCAACAAGCCAGGGAUGGUUUCCAGCAACUCAAAUUGUGCCUUGAAAAGAGAAACAAACAACUAAUAAGGGUUCAGACGCUUCUUUCUCAUCCUAUUGUUUGACGGUUACUGGUUCUAUAAAUGGUGUCGGAUGGUUGUGGCCUAGCCUGUAAUACUACUGUGAGGUUGUUAUGGUGCUUUUUCCUAACUAUCUCUAAAUAAAAUAAUUUGAUUUGCAAAUAAA